CCGAGCAGAGUAUGGGAGGUGGCUGGGAGCUGCAGGCGGUACACAGCUCCCUGACACUGGCACUGCCUGGCAUGGGCCAGGGGUUCACCCCGGCCGCCCUGUGACUGCGAUGUCUCCCAUUCCCCAGCUUUCCAUCCAGGAUGGGAAGCGCUGUUUCCAAACGCAAAACCCCGCGGAGCAAUGCCAUCUGCUCGGCUGAUUCCAAGGUUAGAGCAGCACGAGCUUUUGGAGAGUGCCUGUCGCAGAGUGAGAAUAGCACCAACAGUACCAAGGAGCCAGAUCACCUGGUGGCUGAGACAUUGAUGGGCCCGGAGGAGCCCUCCCAGACCCAGCAGCCCACACAGAACAAGCGACGGCUGUCCAUGAUCUCUCAGGGGAGGUUCGACCGGAGCUUCUCCGAAGAAGGGGCGGAGAAGCCGGCCGAGGGCCAGAAGUCUCGAGUGUACACCAUCUCCGGCGAGGGCCAGCUGUUGUCCGAGAGGGAGAACGGGGGCGGGACGCUGAUGCCGGCCAAGGGCACGCGGCCCGCCAAGGCGGGAGCAGCGGCGGCGGCUGCGCACGGCCCCGGCGCGCGCUGCAGGAGCUGGGCGGGCAGCCGGCAGAGCUCCAAGGAAUGCCCGAGCUGCGCCAAGGCCCCCGUCUCCUCACAGUCGUCCGUCGACAUGGAGCACGUGCAGUCCCGCGAGGCCGCUCGCCAUCGCAAGAAGCUGGAGCGGAUGUACAGUGUCGACAGAGUGUCUGAUGAUGUUCCAAUUCGGACUUGGUUCCCAAAGGAAAACCUCUUCAACUUCCAGACGGCAACCACCACAAUGCAGGCGAUAUCGGCAUUCCGAGGCUGCAUGGAAAGGAAGAGGAGAAAGCGGGAGAAUGAGUGUGCCACUGUGAUCCAGAGAAAUUUCCGUAAACAUCUUCGAAUGGUUGGGAGUCGAAGAAUCAGAGUUCAAAGUCUUUCUGAGCGACAAGAAAAGAGUUUCGGUCGCUCCUGGAGUGACCCCACGCCAGUGAAGUCUGACUUGAUGUGCGACCCUCGAGACAGUCAGGAGUUGGAGACCUCAUGUGGUGCUUUAGAUGAUGACUUUGACGAUCUCAGCUGGGAGGCAGAGAAGGAGUUGGAGCUGCUGUCAUGUGACGGUGAAGACUUUGUCCCACCCAAGAUUAUGCUCAUUUCAUCCAAGGUCCCCAAGGCGGAAUACAUCCCAACCAUCAUUCGCAGAGACGAACCCUCUGUCAUCCCCAUCCUCUACGACCAUGAACAUGCCACGUUCGAUGACAUCUUGGAGGAGAUUGAGAAAAAGCUGACCACCUAUCGAAGGGGUUGCAAGAUCUGGAAGUUGCUGAUCUUCUGUCAGGGGGGACCUGGCCAUUUGUACCUACUCAAAAACAAGGUUGCUACCUUUGCAAAAGUGGAGAAAGAGGAAGACCUGAUCAUGUUUUGGAAACGACUGAGCAGACUGAUGAGUAAAAUCAACCCAGAGCCAAAUGUGAUCCAUGUAAUGGGCUGCUACAUCCUGGGAAAUCCCAACGGAGAAAAGCUUUUUCGGAGCCUGACCGCCUUGAUGACUCCUCACCGAAUAUCCUUUGAGUCUCCAUUGGAGCUUUCAGCGCAAGGAAAGCGGAUGAUAGAGACAUACUUUGACUUUCGUCUCUAUAGACUCUGGAAAUCCAGGCAGCACUCAAAGCUGCUGGACUACGAUGACAUCUUGUGAGGCAGAGGAAAAUUCAGAUUUGGAAUAAUUACUUGUAGCCGCUCUUAUUGAGAACAACGUCUCCUCAAUGCUGGAGACAAAACGGAGGGUCUCCGAAGGGAUUGAGAAGAGGCAGAAGACACUUCUGUUAUAUCUUGUUCGGAUGAAGAAAGACUUAAUGGAAGUCGUGGAAAGAAUGGCAAAGAGAGGUUAGGGCCUUUGUCUCUUUGAGUAGAAGGAGUAGGAAUCAGAAUUUUUCUUUCUGCUGAAUGCGGCCAGUCCAGGUCAAGACAGGAGAGCUCGGGUAUUUUUUUCAUCCUAAAGUCCUUAGGCAAAAGGCAAGGCCGAAUAGGUCAGCUGUUGGAAUCGUGGUAAAACCAGACUGUGCUAAACAAGGUUCUUUGAAGGUUCUAAUGAUGGAAAAUUCUAAAUUCCCCAUGGGCCCAGCUUGAAAUACAUAC